AUGGCAAUUACAAAGUACCCCGCCAAGCAGCACUGGGCAAAAGUCGCCAAGAAUCUCGGCCUCACCGAAGGUCUCGUCUACUUGAAGGGCGACGUCCUGAAGGAGAGACACGACACCGACGUCGAACUUACAUUCAGACAAGAGUCCAACUUUUACUAUCUCACUGGAUUCGCUGAGCACGAUGCCCAUGUCCUCUAUGACCUCAAGACUCAGCAGAUGACUCUCCUGCCCUACAAGCUCCCCGAGGAUCAUAUUGUCUGGAUGGGCAUGCCCCCCACCGUGUCCCAGCUCCACGAAAAGUUCGAGGCCGACAACAUUCGCUGGUCCACAGAAUUGAUCGCCGCUAUCAACGAGUCGGGUGCCUCGACCCUCUAUGCUCUUCGUCAGGAGGAUGUGCCCAAAGGCAUCACCUUGGCCGUCAACGCUGAGGUCCUCAAGGAUGCCAUUGUCAAUGCCCGCAUAUACAAGUCUGCGUUCGAGAUCGAAGCCAUGCGCAAGAUCAACCACAUCUCCUCCAACGCCCACGUCGCCUUGAUGAAGGCCGCUAAGAAGGCCCAGUCUGAGGUCGAGCUCGACGCUCUGUUCAGAUACGAGACCGCUCGCUUUGGUGCACGUGCUCAGGCCUACGAGCCCAUCGUUGGUGUCGGUGUCAAUGCCGCUACGCUCCACUAUGGUCGCAACUCGGCCUCUUUCAACGGCAACCACGAUCAGCUGUGCUUGGUCGAUGCAGGAGCUGAGCAGGGCUGUUAUGCCUCGGACAUCACCCGCACUUUCCCCCUCAGCGGCAAGUAUACUGGUGAUGCCAAAACCGUCUACGAGAUCGUCCUCCAGAUGCAGAAGGCUGUCCUGGCUGCUCUCAAGCCCGGUGUCCAGUGGGAAGAUAUGCAUAGACUUGCUAGCAGGAUCGCUGUCGAGGGUCUUCAGAAGGCUGGCGUCUUGAAGGCCGAGUUCUCUGUCGAGGAGCUGCUGGAGAAGCACGUCGACGGAGUCUUCUUCCCUCAUGGCCUCGGUCAUAUGAUCGGAUUGGAUGUCCACGACGUCGGAGGCUAUCCCAAGGGUGUCGCGCGUAUCCAGGCUCCUGGUCUUCAAUACCUGCGUAUGCGCCGUGCUCUCGAGCCCAACUUCGUUGUCACGGUCGAGCCUGGUGUUUACUUUGUCGAAUUUAUCUUGAACGCCGCAAUGAAUGACGCCGCGAUUUCCAAGUACAUGGACUGGGACGUUGUCGAUCGCAUUGCUAAGGUCGGUGGUGUCCGUAUUGAGGACUGUGUUGUCAUCACUGAGACCGGCAUUGACAACCUUACCAUUGCCCCCAAGGAGAUUGCGGAGAUCGAGGCCAUCAUGGCUUAA